CUUGCAAAUUGAACGUUUGUUGUGUCAUCGAUCGUCACCAUCGACCGUUGUCGUCGAUCGAAAGAAUAUCCAACAAAUAUAUUCAAAUUAUCCGAAUAUCGAGGGUUUCUGUUAUAAUACGAAUUUAAAACCGCAUCAACGGCGGCGGUAAAAAUGUUUAGUUAUCCACGAGACGGCCGAAUAAGAGAGAAAAAUAUUCGAUUCGUAUCGCAAUGAAACCGAAAGAACGUUUCAUGUUAUCUAAACUUAUUGAUACAAUCGAUAAAUUAGAAAUAUGAUCGGAUCGCAUCAGUUAAAAUCAAUAUUAUAAGCAGAUGGCCAAUAUAGAUAAAGCCGGACAGUUCUAACCUACACGCGACGGCGGUACGAUUCCGACCAAUUGAGUGAUUCCGAUCGUUCGCACAGCGACCAAUCUUUAAGUUUGAUUUAAAGACAUUUUAAUUAGCGCUCGUUUAGUCGUAAGCCGAAUAUUCAGUCUGUAGCCGAAGACAUUCAUUGCAGUAUCUUAACAUCUUUAGAUAAAAAUGCAUACCCCAUUUACCGUGCUUCAUAUGCUGCGCGACAUGGAGAGAUGGGAACUAGGCAAACUAUACAAAACGCUCAGUCGUAAGAAAGAAGUGGAUCUUUCUCAGAAUUCAAGACUGGCGAGAUGUCUGUCGACGCUAGAUCUCACAGCUCUCGGAAUAGGCUCGACUCUCGGCGUGGGUGUCUAUGUCCUCGCGGGAUCCGUUUCGAAAGAAACCGCGGGGCCAGCCGUGAUAAUUUCAUUCGCUAUUGCCGCAAUCGCGUCCAUGUUCGCAGGUCUCUGUUACGCGGAAUUCGGCGCAAGAGUUCCACGCGCCGGAUCAGCGUAUAUAUACAGCUAUGUAACGAUGGGAGAAUUUACAGCUUUUCUGAUCGGUUGGACGCUGAUUCUCGAAUAUAUAAUUGGCUCGGCCAGCGUGGUACGUGGGCUGAGCAGUUACGUGGAUAAAUUAUUUGACAACGCUAUGAAACACAUGUUUCAAUCAGCAGCGCACAUCAGCGUUAAUUAUUUAUCUUCUUAUCCGGACUUCUUCGCUUUCGGAGUGACUCUAAUCUCAUCCGCUGCAUUGGCAUUCGGGGCAAAGGAGUCCUCGGUGGCGAAUAAUAUCUUUACCGUCACGAAUCUCUCCGUGGUUCUAUUCGUGAUAAUAGCGGGAUCUCUUAAAGCUAACAUAUCCAAUUGGCAAAAGGAGCCGCCUGUGUGUACGGAAAAUAAGUGCGAUUACGGAAGUGGAGGAUUCGCGCCUUAUGGUAUAGGGGGUAUAAUAGCAGGUGCGGCAACCUGCUUUUACGGAUUUAUCGGUUUUGACUGCGUCGCUACCACCGGAGAGGAAGCGAAAGAUCCGCAAAAAUCGAUUCCGAUAGCGAUCAUCGUCUCGUUGACCGUAGUCUUUCUGGCAUAUUUUGGUGUCUCGACGGUCUUAACCACUGUCGUUCCUUACUUCGAGCAGGACACUGACGUUCCACUACGAUAUCUGUUCGACAGUAUCGGUUGGAACUGGGCAUCAUGGCUGGUAACCAUAGGCGCUAUUUGCGGUCUAUGUUCAAGUUUACUGGGAGCCAUGUUCCCCUUGCCGCGAAUUAUUUAUGCAAUGUCAGCCGAUGGAUUGAUAUUCGAAUGGAUGGGAAAAAUCAAUUCACGAUUUCAGACACCACUGAUGGGCACCUUUUCGGCGGGGAUACUCACAGGUGUACUUGCUGCGAUAUUUGAAAUAUCUCAACUCGUAAAUAUGAUGAGCAUCGGAACAUUGCUCGCUUAUUCGAUCGUCGCAACAUGUGUGUUAAUACUUCGAUACGAAGAAAGCGUAGGGUAUGAAAAGAAAGAAGAUCGUAAUCCGAGAACCUUCGCGUUCAUUGCACGACAACUGAUUAACGCUAAUGGAUUAAGUCAUUCUACGAAAUUAACGUCUCAAAUUGUUACGUGUCUCGUUGUGUGUUACGUUAUCCUGUGCAUUUGCAUUAGCAUUAUAGUUUCGAUUUUUGCCAAAGAAAUAAUGAAUGGUAAAAUUACGUUUGUCGUUCCAUUAACAAUUCUACUGUUAGCCCUAAUUGUUACCCUUAUUUUUAUUUACCUUCAGCCAACAUCUGGAAAAAAGCUUGCAUUUUCGGUUCCACUGGUGCCGUUUCUACCCGCUCUUAGUAUUCUUAUUAAUAUAUAUCUUAUGAUAAUGUUGGACAAAGUUACAUGGGUGAGAUUUUUAAUAUGGAUGGGAAUCGGUCUUGUAAUAUAUUUCUCUUAUGGCAUUUGGCACAGUAAAAUGCGAAAAGAUAAAUGCGAAAAAUCACCUGAAAACAACUGCGCUAACGGAGAAGAAAUAUGGAUGACCGACGAAUUUCUUCGAUUCGAAUGACACGCUACAUAUUCUAUCUCCGUAACCAAAUUUUUCUACACACGUAGAGAUAGCUAAUUAGUUGAUUCAACUGAACGUAAUUAAACGAUAAUGAGAUGAUUGAAAUACGUGAAGACAGACAUCCUUUACGCUAUAAACGAGUUUA